UUUUGAUCAGCUUUGCAACACCCUACUCCAGUCCAACACACCUUCAAUUAACACUUUUUAAACUCCACUAAUGUUUAAGACUGGAAUCACCCAAUUAGAUAAACCAGUCAGAGCUCCUGAGGUGCUUCUUACCACGGAAAGCUGCCGUACGCCAACGAAAAUCAAGACAUUUCUUCGUCUCUCCAGAAUCGCCACUGAUGAUUCAAUCAGACAACAUCUCAAUGAAAUUGACGAUUGUCACGACUACUUCCGUCGCCAGAUCGCUCCGCAAUGGGCCAUGCGUAGCGAGGUGAUCUCCUUCUGUGCGACUGAAGCUCAGAAAUUGCGCCAGACAGCCCUGCUCACCGAGGCCACUGGCUCGUCGGAAACUCCGGCCAACGAGAGUCUUAGACUCGAUCCGUAUGCGCUUCGCGAACACAAUGAACGUAUACAACAACAAUACUCAGAGAGUGAUACUAUGCGCCAAUGGACUUCCAAUGAGGAAACCGUGGAAACCAUUGUUCGUGGUCAAACGAUUGAAGUUCUCAACGACAAAUGUGGCGAACGAGACUGGAUGGGUGACUUCUACCGGGCGACCAAACUGUCCCUCAGGGGAUAAACCACCCAUUUCCCCGAUCCCCUUUUCGGGGGAUCAAGGGGAUCUAGUAUCCCCUCGAGGUAUAUGACAUGUCCACCCCCUACGGGUACGAGAUCUGCAAGCCGCUCCGCUGGCACUCCGUGGGCCACUAGCCGUGGAGGCUCAUGUUCCUCUACCGAGGAAUUGGGCUGUCGAUGUCUCCUCGAAGAGGAGCUAGGCCCCACGCAGUGGCUCUCCCCGAGCAGAGGCCAACGGAGCGUCUUGUUGUCCCACAGGGAGGAGAGUACAUCCACCCUACGGGGUAUGCGAGCAGCUCCGCUGGCAUUCCGUGGGCCACUAGCCGUGGGGGGCCUGUUCCUCUGAUGUGGAAGGCUACCUCUAGUAGUCUCCUCGUAGAGGAGCUAGGCACCACGCAGUGGCUCUCCCCGAGCAGGGGCCAGCGGAGCGACUCAUAGACCCCAUGGAGUUGAGAGUACAUCCUGGUGCUCCAUGGACCGCUAGCCGUCAACGCCUUCCACCUGUGAUCAUUGAGCUUCCAUGGUCUCUUCUCUGUAUUUACAUAUCUACAUCUACUUGUCUAUAGCUACUAAAAAAAACAUGUUAAUAUACAUCUAUUGAAACUCUUCUGUCUAUGUAC